AACAAGGAGGUAAAUCAGACGUGCUUUAUAAACAUGGCGGACGAACUCGUGUUGUUGUUUGUUGGCACCGGUCUCAGUGAGCAAAAGGCGAAGGAAACGCUUAAAAAUGAAACCGUGUCGCAGAACUUGAAGUCAGCAAUCGAUCAGGUUUCAAAGAUAUCUGCCAAAUUGAAAUCCGACAAAGACAUUGGGAAGCUGCUGUACCAUGUUGCCACAAAGCUCAAAGCGAGAAAGUACCAGAGUAUCAUUGUUGAGUACAUCGCCAAGAGAAAACUGUUGUCAGAAGCUCAAGUUAAUGCUGCUAUGGACUACUUCAAGCACAACCCUCUGGAGCCUGUGGACUACCAUCUGUUUGAGAGUGAGUGUGGGGUGGGCGUAGUAGUCACCCCUGACCAGGUGGAGGAAGCCGUUGAGGGGGUGAUAGCACUGCACAAGACCGGCCUGCUCGAACAGCGAUACAGAUACAACAUUGGGGCCAUAUUAGCUGAGGCGCGUGCUAAACUGAGGUGGGCUGAUGGGAAGGCAGUGAAGAAUGAGGUAGACAUGCAGGUUCUGGAUCUCCUGGGGCCCAAAACAGAUGCAGACCUGGAGAAACCAGUCAAGCAGAAGGGUGGGAAAGCUCCCAAAGAUGCAGAGAACAAUAAAAGCAAGGAAGCCGUGAAAGAGUCUCCUUCAGCAGAAAACUUUCUAGGCCAGGAUGGAGAAGUGAUGAGUUUCAUGGAACUUAUGGGUGAGGCAGUGAAGUUCCACAAGCCCGGGGAGAACUACAAGACUGCAGGGUACGUGGUCACGGAGAAAACCAUGGACCUCAUGAAGCAACAUCUCAAGGAGACCGGCGGAAAGGUUUACUCCAGAUUCCCUCCAGAGCCAAACGGAAUUUUACACAUUGGACAUGCGAAGGCCAUCAAUUUCAACUUCGGGUAUGCCAAGGCAAACGGUGGCAACUGUUACCUGCGUUAUGACGACACAAACCCGGAGAAGGAGGAAGAGAAGUUCUUCACUGGAAUCAGGGACAUGGUCGAGUGGCUAGGCUACAAGCCCUGGAAGACGACCCAUGCCUCUGACAACUUUGACAAGCUGUACGAGAUGGCCGAGGAGCUGAUACGUAGGGGCCACGCCUACGUGUGCCACAUGAGGCCCGAGGACAUCAAGGGAUUCAACCCCCCGGACUCCCCGUGGAGGGACCGCCCCAUUGAGGAGUCCCUGCAACUGUUUGAGGACAUGAAGAAUGGUAAGAUCCAAGAAGGGGAGGCUACUCUACGCAUGAAGACAACUCUAGAGGAAGGCAAGAAGGACCCCGUGGCCUACAGAAUCAAGUUCUCUCCCCAUCACAGGACUGGAGACGCUUGGUGCAUCUACCCGACGUACGACUUCACCCACUGCCUGUGUGACUCCAUAGAGAACAUCAGUCACUCUCUGUGCACGAAGGAGUUCCAGUCUCGGCGCUCCUCCUACUACUGGCUCUGUAACGCCCUUGACCUUUACUGUCCCGUCCAGUGGGAAUAUGGCCGCCUCAAUCUCAGCUACACCGUCGUCUCGAAACGCAAGAUUGCGAAGCUCAUUACAGAAGGAUAUGUAAGGGACUGGGACGACCCGCGCCUGUUCACCCUGACGGCCCUGCGUAGGAGAGGCUUCCCCCCUGAGGCCAUCAAUCUGUUCUGUGCCAAGGUGGGCGUUACCAUGGCGCAGACCGUCAUAGAUCCCAGUCUCCUGGAGGCUUGCGUUAGAGACGUGCUCAAUAUCAAGGCCCCAAGAGUCAUGGCAGUUUUAGACCCAUUGAAGGUCACUAUUACCAAUUUCCCUGGUGACCACUCAGGGGAGCUCACUGUGCCAGACUUUCCUGCUGAUGAGAGCAGAGGAUCACAUAAAAUACCAUUCACAAAAACUGUGUACAUCGAGCGAUCGGAUUUCAGGGAGACAGCAGAUAAGAACUACAAGAGAUUUUCCUGUGACCAGCCUGUAGGGCUGCGACAUGCUUGCUACGUCAUCACGGUCGAGUCACUGCAAAAGGAUAGCAGUGGCAAUGUAACUGAGAUUCUGGCCACGUGUAAGAAGUCUUCGGAGGCUGAUAAGCCUAAAGGUGUAAUACAGUGGGUGUGCAAUCCUCUAGUGUGCGAAGUGAGACUCUACGACCGGCUGUUUCAUCAUAAGAGUCCAGAAGACCCCAAUGAAGUGCCUGGUGGUUUCCUCAAUGAUAUUAAACGGGACUCCCUUCAGGUGAUACCAAACGCAUAUGUCGACCAGUCGGUGAAGAACGCCAAGUUUCUAGAUAAAUAUCAGUUUGAACGCAUAGGGUUCUUCAGUGCAGAUCAGGACACUACGCCAGGCAAAAUUGUCUUCAACAGAACCGUAACGCUCAAAGAGGACAGAGAUAAAAAUUGAAUGACAAUCUCAGUAUUCCUAUCUCUAGCACUGAACAUGGUGAAACAGACUUUAUUAUAGAACUCUAUCACGUGUAAAAGAUUGUGUGCUGUGGUCGCUUUAUGUUUGUUUAUAAUUCUGUGUUGAUUUUGCUUGGUUCAGGUUUUUGCAGAAAAGUACAAGAACAUUCUUCGAUAAAUUAACUUUAAUCUUCUUAAAAUCAGUGGACAGAAAUCAUCACCAUUGUGUUAAUUAUGUACCGACUUACUAUUACUGUCCUAUGAAUACGCAUAUCUAUAUAUUUUUUGUCUAAUUAAUCUGUGUGACUGAGAUAUAUGAAAUUAAACUAUGGAAGUGCUAUUAAAUAAAUUAUUUAUGAUGCAA